GUCAUCUCGCAAUUCUAGCCCGCCCUCGCCAAAGGUACCAUGAAGGUUCCAUCGUCAUCCCGUGUAACUUCAGUCUUGCCUGUCCUCGACGAUCUACAGAAGCACAACCCCCUGAAUUAGACUAUAGCACAAGUCGAGAGCCAUACAAGAUGAGUUCACGCUCGUCCAAGAAGUACGAAUCAAAUACCAAGAAAUCCGACAAGCCUAGAUGUAGACCAUCGACAGACGACUGGACCGAAGUUACAGAGCCGGAGGAGAGAAGACGUAUUCAAAACCGGCUAGCCCAGCGGAAAUUUCGAGAAAAGGCCAAAGAGCAGAAAGAAAGGGCCGAGCGGGAGUCCCGCGAUCUGAAGAACGCCGCCAGCAGCUACCGGCUGCCGUCCUCGGAGGAGAUCGCGGCGGAGGACGGCGUGGACCUCUCGGGCUUGCCGUGGGGGAGCCUCAGUAUGACGUACGUGCUGGCGAGGGGCUACGAGACGGAGAGCAGACGCGGCAGCCGCGACGGCGGGGACGGCGAAGUAGAUGCUGCUACCUAUUAUAGCGGCCAUCGUCGUAACAAUAGUAGCCACUUCGCUAGCGGCGGUAUUGACGAAACGGCCGCCGUCGCCGCUGCUGCGCCGCAGUACUACGCCGUGUCGAGCCCGCCGCCGUACCAACCGUACCAGCCCGUCGGCGGCAGCGGCGGCUACGGCAGCAGCCGGGCGAAUAGCAUCGUAGGCGACGACUUCUCGUACCAGGACUUGACGACUUACUACUACCCGAAUAGCGGGUAUAAUAACAGCCAUCACCAGCCGCAUCAUCAACCAGCGUAAGGCUUCGAAAAGCCAAGAGAAAGAAAGAAAGAAAGAAAAAUCGAGAAAAAAAAAAAAGAGGGGUGAGGGAGCGGAGCUAAGAAUAGGCUGGCUGGCUCCUAUGCAUCCAACAAGCUCCUUUCUCUCCUUCUAUUCGCCCCGUCUAGGUGCAGCUGCAGGUGUAGAUGCAGAUCCUCUGACCUGACAUUAGAAAACGCCUAGGCCGGGGGCGAUUU